GUUCCCCUCAACUGCUCCUCCCCAUCCCCCUCCUCCCCCCCGGUCGCUUUCUCACAUCCCCGCUGUUCAUCGGCUGUUCCACUCUCCCUGCGUACACAUUUGUUUCCUAGCCUCAAGUCCGCCGGCCAUCAAUUCGCUAUAAGGUGUUGCUCCUCAGAGUUUCGGACCCGCACAAUGGCAUCAAAAGACAGGGAAAUUCUUCCAGACGUAUUCAUCCCAGUACAUUACGACGUGUCAUUGUUUGAUCUACAGCUCAGUGGUUCCUGGGGCUAUAAUGGUAUCGUCAAGGUCAACGGCAGGGUUACCCGCCCUACGAAGGAGAUUGUGCUCAACUCAAAGGAGAUUGACGUUAAAAAGGUUGAGGUCUAUGGCGAAGAUGGAACCAAGUUAUUCGAAGCAUCGAACAUUACUUAUGACAGAACUUCAGAGCGCGUUGCUUUCCAAUUUCCGGCUGAAAUUGCGCCAUCGGAUAUUCUUCUUUCGGUCCAGUUCACCGGCAUCAUGAACAACGCCAUGGCCGGAUUCUACCGCUCGAAAUACAAACCCAUCGUAGAACCGGCCGCAGACACACCCAAAGAAGGGGAUUUCCACUAUAUGCUGAGUACUCAAUUCGAGUCUUGUGACGCUCGUCGGGCUUUCCCAUGCUUCGACGAACCUAACUUAAAAUCUACUUUCGAUUUUGAGAUCGAGAUACCCAGCGGCCAAAUUGCCCUCAGCAACAUGCCCAUUAAAGAUGAGAGAGCUGGACGUAACCCGGGCCUUAAAGUUGUUUCUUUCGAGAGAACACCGGUCAUGAGCACUUAUCUUCUAGCAUGGGCGGUUGGCGACUUUGAAUAUGUGGAGGCUAUGACCCAACGUAAAUAUCAAGGAAAGAGCAUACCAGUCCGAGUCUAUACGACCAGAGGUCUGAAAGAGCAAGCUCAGUUUGCCUUAGAAUGUGCUCAUCGCACUGUUGACUACUUCUCCGAGAUCUUCGAGAUAGAGUACCCAUUGCCUAAGGCAGAUCUUCUUGCUGUCCAUGAGUUUGCUAUGGGUGCUAUGGAGAACUGGGGGCUUGUAACGUACCGAACGACUGCUGUUCUGUUUGAGGAGGGCAAGUCCGAUACUCGUUACAAGAAUCGCAUUGCUUAUGUGGUUGCACACGAAUUGGCUCACCAAUGGUUUGGAAAUCUCGUUACAAUGGAAUGGUGGAACGAACUAUGGCUUAACGAAGGCUUUGCAACCUGGGUCGGCUGGCUUGCUGUCGACCACUUUUAUCCUGAAUGGAAUAUCUGGUCUCAGUUCGUUGCUGAGGGUGUCCAACAAGCUUUCCAACUCGACUCUUUGCGGGCAUCACAUCCGAUCGAGGUACCCGUUCGGAACGCACUCGAAGUGGAUCAGAUUUUCGACCACAUCAGCUACCUAAAGGGAAGCUCGGUCAUUCGCAUGCUGAGUGAUCACCUUGGUCGGGAAAUAUUCUUGCGUGGUGUAGCUGCGUACCUCAAGGCUCACGCAUACGGAAAUGCAACCACAAAUGAUCUCUGGUCGGCUCUCAGCAAGGCAUCCAACCAGGACGUAACUAGCUUUAUGGACCCUUGGAUCCGCAAGAUUGGUUUCCCUGUGUUAACUGUCACAGAGGAGCCGGGUCAAAUCAACAUUCGGCAAAAUCGCUUUCUCUCCACCGGCGAUGCUAAGCCUGAGGAGGACGAAACAAUAUGGUGGAUUCCACUCGGUAUCAAAUCAAAUCCUGACUUCACUGACAAUACACAUACUGGUGCUUUGGUAUCUAGGUCAGAUAUAGUCUCUGGUGUUACUCAGGAUUCUUUCUACAAGAUAAACAUGAAUCUCUCCGGUUUCUAUCGUACUAAUUAUCCUGCCCACCGUUUGACUAAACUUGGACAGUCCUUGAAUCUUUUAAGCACUGAGGACAAGAUUGGACUGAUCGGCGAUGCAGCUGCUCUUGCUGUCUCCGGCAAUGGUAGUACUACUGCAUUGUUGUCUUUAUUGAGAAGUUUCAAGGAAGAGAAUAACUAUCUGGUUUGGUCUCAAAUUUCAACCUCCAUCGCAAAUCUCCGCUCCGUGUUUGCCCAGAAUGAUUUGGUCUCCUCAGGACUGAGGAAGUUCACUCUCGAACUAGUCUCACCGGCUGCUGAAAAAAUCGGCUGGGAGUUUAUGCUCGAAGAUGACUAUCUUACUGUGCAGCUUCGGAAACUAUUGAUCGGAAUGGCAUGCCAUGCAGGGCAUAGAGACAUUAUCGCUGAGGCUAGCCGACGUUUUAGUCUUUGGGCUACGGCUAAAGACAAAAGUGCUGUGCAUACCAACCUGCGUUCUGUCAUCUUUGGUGCGGUAGUUUCUGAGGGCAGUGAUCAAGAAUAUAAAUUCGUCAAGGAAGAAUACUUGAAAACAGACUCUGUGGAUGGAAAAGAGAUCUGCCUAGGGGCUCUCGGACGCACGAAGAAUGCUGAUUUGGUGAGAGACUAUCUUGAUUUUGUCUUCUCAGAUAAGGUCGCUAUACAGGACAUACACAAUGGUGCAGUUUCGCUUGCUUCAAAUUCGAGCAGUCGCCACUUGCUGUGGGAAUACAUGAAAGCGCAUUGGGACAUGGUUGAAUCCCGUCUAUCGACCAACAACGUGGUCUUUGAGCGUUUCGUGCGUAUGGGACUUUCCAAGUUUGCAGACCACGCUAUUGAGGCCGACAUCUCUGCGUUUUUCCAGAAUAAGGACACCAGCGCCUAUGAUCGUGCUUUGGUCAUUGUUGCUGACAGCAUUCGGACCAACGUGCACUACAAAGCGCGAGAUGAGGGUUUGGUGCUUGAAUGGCUUCAGUCGUACGGAUAUGCUUAAAUUACAGAACUAGCCCUUGCUGCUUUAUAGAGGGGGAUGCUUCAAUCGAUGUAGUCCCUCCGUGAUUUCCCGGUGUCGCUGUGAGGAUCAUCAGAGAAAUGGCCAGUGAACAAGGCAAGGCUGACAAAGCCGCACGCCGGGGAGGCUACCUUACACAUUUAUUGUUUUACAUGUUACUUUCAUAUCUAGGAAAACUAUAAUUAGUGACACUGAAAUGAAAUGCUUAUUUGAC